ACAAAUCCCGAGGGGCUAAUUGUAAUAACGGAUGCCAUAGCAGCAUUAGGAAUGGGCGAUGGUGUUCAUAGAUUGGGUGACUGUGUUAUAAAUGUUAAUGGUUUAAACGCUGUAUUGGAUGGAACUAACACAACUGCCGGAAGCGUAGCCUCAAUGCCGUAUUGUAUAAGGCAUCUAGCCAAAGCGGCGCGAUGUCCUCUUGAAGAAGCAUUGAUUUGUGCCACGGACAAACCUGCUACACUCAUGGGUAUUCGAGAUCACAAGGGAGCUAUCACGAUGGGUAUGGAUGCAGACCUAGUGCUGAUCACGGAAAACGUCGAUGUGCUAGCAACUUAUGUCGAUGGCACGCUGGUCUACGCAAACAAAUGCAUGUGA